AUGUCCAAGUCCGAAGGUGGUGGCUUCAAGCCUGUUCCUCAGGCUCAAGCCCAGAAUCUCCCCGGGUCCGAAAGGGACAUGGCGCCGUCCAGCGAGUCUACUAAGCUCGAGGGCAAAGACAAGCACCAUGAAUAUCUUGCUGCGGGCAAAUUGAAAGGCAACAAGGCUCUCAUUACAGGUGGCGACUCUGGCAUCGGUCGCUCAAUUGCCGUCUUGUUUGCCAGAGAAGGCUCCGACGUGACGAUUGUGUACCUGCCAGAGGAGGAGCAAGACGCCAACGAUACGAAGAAAAUGGUGGAAAAGGAGGGCGGAAAGUGCCUCUUGGUUGCGGGUGAUCUAAUGGACAACAAAACCUGUCUCCAGGCUGUCGAAAAGCAUGUCGAGGAGUUUGGUGUCAUUCACACACUGGUCAACAACGCAUCCAAGCAAAUCAUGUGCACCGACCUCGCUGAAAUAAACCUCGACGAUGUUGAGAGCACAUUCAGGAGCAACAUUUUGCAAAUGUUUGCCAUUACGAAAUAUGCUCUGCCUCACAUGCAACGAGGUGGAUCCAUAAUCAACACCACAUCGACGGUCGCGUUUAGAGGAACUGCCGCAAUGGUAGACUAUUCGGCCACAAAGGGUGCCAUCACGUCCUUCACUAGGUCCUUGGCAAAACAGCUGCUUCCAAAGGGCAUUCGCGUCAAUGCUGUGGCGCCUGGUCCAGUCCACACGCCACUGCAGCCUGCGUCACGCCCGCCAGAGCAGAUGGAGGGGUUUGGAAAGAAGUCGCAGCUUGGACGGCCAGGACAGCCGAGCGAGAUUGCGCCUAGUUUUAUUUUUCUCGCCUCCAAAGACUCGGAGCUGUACUAUGGCCAGAUUCUGCACGCAUAUCCGCUAGGAGAUUAG